AUGGAGGAAUCUCAGCAAAAGAUCCUCAAUGAGGCAUUAAACGUUGUCAAAGUGCAACAAGUUCAGAUGAAAAGAUGUCUUGAUUCGGAAUUAUUGAUGGAUGCUCUCAAAUCGGCUUCUACGAUGUUGUCUGAACUGAGAACAUCCUCCCUUUCGCCGAAGAACUACUACAAGCUAUACAUGGCAGCUUUUGAUGCCUUACGACAUCUUUCAAUCUAUCUCUAUGACGCACAUACAACGGGCAAGCACCAUCUGGCAGACCUCUAUGAGCUUGUCCAGUAUUGUGGUAACAUCGUUCCGCGAUUGUACCUCAUGAUCACUGUAGGAGCUGUGUACAUGUCGAUUCCUGAUGCACCAAUCAAAGAAAUCAUGAAAGAUGUGAUGGAGAUGGGAAGAGGUGUUCAACAUCCCACAAGAGGAUUGUUCUUACGGCAUUACCUCAGUGGAGCAACAAGAGAUUAUUUACCCGUUGGCAGCAGUAUGGGUCCAAGUGGAAAUUUGCAAGACAGUAUCGGAUUCGUCUUGACAAACUUUAUCGAAAUGAAUAAGCUUUGGGUCAGACUGCAGCAUCAAGGUCAUUCCCGCGAUCGUGAAAAGCGUGAGAUGGAGCGGAAAGAGUUGAGAAUCCUCGUGGGAACAAACCUUGUCAGACUCAGUCAGCUAGAAGGUGUCGAUCUGGAAUUGUACCGGAGAAUCAUCCUUCCAAGCAUUCUAGAACAGGUUGUGAACUGCAAGGAUGUCAUUGCUCAAGAAUACUUGAUGGAGGUCGUCAUUCAGGUGUUCCCGGAUGAUUUCCAUCUACGCACACUUGGGCCGUUCCUCUCCGCAUGUGCUCAGCUACAUCCAAAAGUCAAUAUCAAGCAGAUUGUGAUUUCAUUGAUCGAUAGACUAGCUGCAUAUGCAGCUAGAGAAGCGGAGAAUGACAGCCCAGAAGAGGUACGAAGGCAGGAAGAGGAAGCGAGUAAAAGACUGGCCGAUAAGACCAAGAAUAUGCGUUUGACCGGCCAAAGCAAAGGUCCCAGCUCGGUUUGGGAUGAAGUUGCUGCAGAAGAUGGUGUCACGACACAGAACGGUCCCGAUCUAGACAAUCCCGCUGUUGGAUCCAGUACCCUUCCGCCUCCGCCGGUAGAGCCAUCUGGCUUUGCAGUUGACAGAACAGAUGCUGCUGCACCCAAUGUAGCCACACACAACUCGACAGCUGAAGCUGCAUUCAUGGGAAUGCCAGAAGGGAUGGAAGAUAACGCGUGGGGAGAGAGUGCCUGGAACGAAGGAUCGGGGGAGAACAAUGCGCCGAAGACCGAUGAUGAGGACAAAGCAGAUGGUGGAAGAGAAAUGACGUCGAAUGCUAUUCCUGCUAAAGCUGAAAGUGCUGAAGUGGAAGCAGAGGCAUCUCCAGCUUCUAAUCAGGAUACUGUCAAAGAACAAGAAGCUGCAACUGGAGCAAAUGACGGCAAGAAGGCCGGAUCCACCGAGCCUCCAUCAACACCAGCGCAGGCACAAGCACCAGAUACCCCUCAACGGUUGACGAAAGCAACUCCCAAGAAAUAUCGUGGUAUUCCCGAAGAUGUGAAGCUAUUCGAGGUAUUUUGGGCUCAGGUUGUUCAGUUGAUCCGUGCUCGUCCCGACCUCUCCAUACAGGACAUUACCGCUUUGUUGGUUUCUUUAAUCAACCUUUCUCUAAGCUGUUACCCUGAUCAGUUGGAGUAUGUUGACCAGGUCCUGGCGUUCGCUCGGGAAAAGGUCAACGAGUUCCAACAGAGCCCUGACCUGCAUUCGCCAACGACAGCAGCUCAUUUGAGUGCAUUGCUGGUAUCACCGAUCAACUCUUACUUGACCGUCUUGACACUGCUGGCUCUGCCGAAUUACACGGCUCUUUUGGCGGUCCAGCCGUAUGGUACACGCAAAAAUAUCGCUAAUGCAGUCGUUAUGAGUGUGCUCAAGAAUGAAACCAUCAUGUCAACACCCGAAGAUGUGGAUGGCGUUCUAGAGCUGUGCAACACGCUCAUCAAAGAUCAAAAGGAUGUUGUACACCACCAACAAUUCGUUGGAGGACCGGGUUCAUCCUAUCCAGCACAAGAUCCACGCUAUAUGCAAGGAGGGCAAUUACCACCAGGUGCAUACGGACAGGGAGGACAUAGACCGCCACAUCUCAUGAAUAGACACCAACAACAAAUGUACGAUUAUGAAGAGAUGGCAGAAGAACAAGGUUGGAUAGCAAGAGCUGUGCAUCUGUUCCGAUCCGAUGAUUUGGAAACACAAUUCAGCUUGCUACAAACCGCAAGGAAGCAUUUUGCACAAGGAGGAGAACGUAUUCGCUUCACAUUGCCGCCUUUGAUUGUAUCUGCUGUAAAAUUGGCAAGAAGAUACAAAUUGCGACAAAAGCUAGAAAAGUCGUGGGAAUCCAAGAUGCUCACGUUGUACAAAUUUAUUCAUCAAGUCAUCACAACGUUGUACAAUCUCUCCGAAGCUUCCUCCGAGACAUGUUUACGAUUGUUCUUGCUUGCAGCACAAUCUGCCGAUGAAACAGGAUUCGAAGAACUUGGCUACGAAUUUUACGUUCAAGCGUUCACGAUCUACGAAGAAUCGAUCAGUGAUAGCAAGAGACAAAUCAAUGCAAUCAUUUUGAUCAUCUCGACCUUGUUCUCAUCAAGAUGCUUCGGGGUGGAUAAUUACGAUACCCUGAUCACUAAAGCUGCUCUUCAUGGAGCCAAGUUGCUAAAGAAGCCACAUCAAGCCAAAGCGGUGAUGAUGGCAAGUCAUCUUUGGUGGCAGACGGAAUUGCAUGGUAGAAAGAGUGGAACGAGUGAAAAGCCGCUGUUGCGUGAUGGCAAACGUGUGUUGGAGUGCUUACAAAAGGCUUUAAGGAUCGCAAAUUCCUGCAUCGAUGAAAGAAGUACGAUUGAUAUCUUUUGCAACGCUUUGGAUCAAUAUUUGUACUACUUUGAACAUGGCGUUGAAGCCGUUGCUCCGAAGUACAUUAAUUCGUUGGUAGAAUUGAUUGCCAACGGAAUCGAAACGCAAGAGAAGCAAAAUGCUGCAAACGGUUCGAAUGCCGGAAUGAUGCAUGCCGGUAGCGCAAGUAUUGCUUAUGAUGGUAUGCCAAGUAUCGAAAGCAGCAAACGUCACUUUAUCAGCAUGUUACACUUUAUUCGUGAUCGAAGAGAGAUUGAAUUGCGUAGAUUAGAGGCAGAGGCAUUGGUAGCAAAACGUGAGGAUGAAGAUGAGAAAGAAGGUGCGAACAAGAGACCGGAUUGGGCAGCCGUUUCGAUUGCUGGUGCUUUAGGCAAGAUGGGUGCAACUUAAACUCUGAUACCUACCUGUAUGAUCUAAGAUUGAAUGCAAUAGCUAGCUAAUUCACCAUCUUCACG